AUGGCGGCAGAGAAAGGCAUGACAAGGUCAUGUUAUGGCGUACAAAAAUACAGUCCUGAAGAGAUUAAAGAACAAUGGCGAGAAUUUAUGAGGGUAAUGUAACUUUACAUUGUUUUUUUUUUCAUUUCAAAUUAAAUAAUUCGUGGGUUUCAGUAUAAUCGUUACGACAUAGUCAACUUUAGUCCAGAGCUCUUGAGAAUGACAGGAGCAAGAAAACUAAAUUCUAUAUCUCUAGAUUUUAUUUGCUUACCAACCAAAUACAAUACUGUUGUACGGUUAAAGGAAUUAACUCUUACUUAUUCACUUUAAUAUCCAAUUCACUUUAAUAUUCACUUUAAUAUUAUACAACCAUUAUGUAUUCACUUCGGUAUCUAAGUGCGUAAAUUGUUUAAAUCCCUCACAAGAACUAGAAAUUGCAUUGCAUUCAGUUGCAUUCACAGGCAACCUGCGAUGAUAUUGAAGUAAUUGAUUGAUUAUGUCAUAUUGGUAUUAACAGAGAGAAAACGUUAUGAAGAACAACGCAUUUUACAAAGUCAACGUUCGAAUACAGCGUGGAAAUGCUCUGGAUUUCUCAAGAAAUUUAACAUACUUCAACAAUAACAAAAAGGUCAGCUACAUGAUAUUGAUUUCGCUGUUUUUUUAUGUGAGCUAGUAAACAGCUAGUUUAAUUCUGUAUGAAAAGUAUCAACCAUCAUAAGUAAUCUUCGGUUCUUUCAGAACAACACAAAAUCAACGUAUGAUCGCAUGUUUCACAUCCAGCAUGGAUACUGUAGCAGGAUACAUAGGGAUGACAGGGAACACACGCAGGGUCUUGAUGUACAUGCAGAGGAACAGAGUAAAGCCGUGCCAAUGCUUUCAUCCUCUGUAUACGGACAUCGGCCUCCUCUGGAAGUUCCCUCACGUCAACAUGUCCGCGUAGGACUGGUGAAGAGAGAUUUCUAUCGUCAUUGUGGAGCAACAAUUCCGAACGAACAAUCAGUACUUAAAGUGCAAGCCAGAAAAUGA